AUGCCUGGAUUGCUGCGGAAGCUGAUCGUCAUCGCGGCCGCGGAUGGACUGAUCCUUCAGUCCACGGGCAAUGGCUUACGACACACUGGCAAUAACGAGCCAUCGUCUCUUCGCAUCGAUUACAAGACUAAUAAGAUCACACUACUUUCUGGCUCCGCAUCGGAAUUUAGCGACAAGCGGGACUCCAGUCUGGAGAUAUACGGUCUCGUCGGGCUUCUGUCUGUUGCGUCGUAUUCAUUCCUCAUCUCCAUCACUCAACGUCAACAAGUGGCUCAGAUCCAAGGGAAGCCCGUGUAUACCAUUACCAAUGUCGCCGUGAUCCCCACCUCGUCCCAGACGGAUGCAAAUCGUGCGAUCUCGCUCGCCAAGGAACACCUGCUGCAGGGCGAAGACAGUCAUGUUGAGACUGCGUCCGAGGAUUCGAGCCCGAUAUCUGACACAGAGACAGAAGAAAGUGAUGCCGAGGUGGGCACAGCGCCGGCUUCGCCAGAACAGGAAGUCCCCCAUGCUCGGGCACGCAGCGUUGGCAGCAUCGCGGAAGACGUGAUCGGAAAGAGGGUCCGCUUCGGCCGGUAUGCUGCGAACUGGCUCUCCAGGAAGACCCUGGGGCUGCCAGGACUAGGGGCUGUCAAUCAGGAAUCUGCCGAAGCCGCGCCCAUGGGAGAUGUUAAGGAAAGCACUGCCGAGUCUUCCCCAGCCGUUGCUGAGGUGAAUGAGAACCGCGAGGCAGCGGCGCCUCCUGUGCCCCGGGGUGAGGAUACGUCGUCGAAGAAAAGCCUCGCAGAACCGUUUGGCUCGGAUCCUACGGUGGAGUUGCUGCCCAAGCUGUUGCGUUACACGGAGAUGGUCUUCUCGUCGCGCAAUUUCUUCUUUGCGUACGACUAUGACCUUACCAGGAGUCUUAGUGUCCAGGAGCCAUCGCUGGCCACUCACCUUCCGCUUCACAGAUUGGUCGAUGAUAUGUAUUUCUGGAAUCGCCAUCUGCUUGCGCCUUUCAUUACAGCCGAUGCUCACGGUUUUGCUCUGCCCUUGAUGCAAGGGUUCGUCGGCCAACGAGAAUUCACAGUUGGCGCAGUCCCCAAACCGUCCUCUUCCAAAUCGGAUAAAGCAGAUGAGCCACAGGUCGACGGCCGGAUCUUGGGUGAGAAACAGGAGGCAGAUACAAUCAAGACCGAUGAGGACAAGCAUGAUUUUCUCGUUACUUUGAUAUCUCGACGAUCGGUCAAGCGGCCGGGUCUACGAUACCUGCGUCGUGGCGUGGAUGACAAUGGAAACACCGCCAACUUUGUUGAGACAGAGCAGAUCCUCUCAACAACUGACUGGAAUCCAGCUCGCAACAUCUACUCGUUCCUGCAAGUGCGAGGAUCUAUCCCGCUCUAUUUUUCCCAGUCACCGUACGCCUUCAAGCCAGUGCCUGUGCUGCAUCAUUCUACGGAGACGAAUCAGCUUGCCUUUGACAGGCACUUCCGAAAUCUGAGUCGGAAGUAUGGCAAGGUCCAGGCAGUUUCCUUGAUAGAUAAACAAGCUGGCGAACUGAAGCUCGGAGAGCAAUACAAGAAGUUCGCUCGGUCCUUGAAUGAAUCAGGCGGUAUCGAUGAUGUGCCACUCAAGAUGGAGUGGUUUGACUUCCACAACGAAUGCCGGGGAAUGAAGUUCGAGAACGUAGGCCGAUUGGUCGAUCGUCUGGAAGCAACGUUGAGCGAAUUUGGCGAUACGGUGGUGCAGAACAAUAAUGUCCUUCAACGCCAGACUGGAAUCGUACGCACCAAUUGUAUGGACUGCCUCGACCGCACGGGUGUUGCGCAGUGCGCCUUCGGUCAAUGGGCCUUGGAACGGGAGUUGAAACGGGAAGGAAUUGAUCUCGACCUAGGACGCGACUCCUCUACGCAGUGGUUCAAUACCCUAUGGGCAGAUAAUGGCGAUGCCAUCUCCAAGCAGUACUCCUCCACUGCUGCCCUGAAGGGCGAUUACACGCGCACCCGCAAGCGGAACUAUCGAGGAGCGUUGAACGACUUCGGGCUAACCCUAUCUCGGUACUAUAACAACAUUGUGAAUGAUUAUUUCUCGCAGGCCUGUAUCGAUUACCUGCUGGGUAAUGUCACCGCCCAGGUCUUCCAGGAGUUUGCACUAGAGAUGCAGACAACGGACCCAGGCAUCUCCGUGCAAAAGCUCCGCCAGAACGCCAUCGAUAGCAGCUGCAAAAUCGUGAUCAGCGACCAGUCGGAAGAGUUUCUAGGAGGCUGGACACUGCUGACCCCCCGUCAACCGAACACGCUGCGGAGUAUGCCGUUUGAAGAGGCCGUCCUUCUCCUCACGGACGUCGCUCUGUACAGCUGCCGGUUCGAUUGGAACACGGACAAGGUGUUAUCCUAUGAGCGCAUUGAUCUGUGCUCAGUGACUCGGAUCAACUACGGAACUUACGUCACCUCAAUCUUGACGGAAGCUCAAACCGAUGAACACAGCAAUGUUGGGUUGGUGGUGGAAUAUCGCGAAGGUGGCAAGAAUGCCUUGAGAGUCAACACGCGGUCCCUGCAGAGCCAAGUGCCUUCCGAGAGCCUGGACAGCAAUGCACGCCCGAGCAACGAGUGGAGCAUGUACUCGUGGUUCAAAGGAACUUCCCACGCGUCCACUCGCCUUGUGGCGUUCAAGGCCCUUCCACAGGUCAUGGGGACCAGCAGUGUCAGCCCGUCGGACUGGGUCCGAAGCAUCUGCGAGGAAAUCGAGCGGGCCGUGAAGGCGGGUGAUCGCCACGGUCCCCCCGAGGAUGGCACGCAGCGAUCCUUGAUCGAUUCAUCGGAUAUCAUCUCGUUGGAGGAAGCGAAAAAACGCACCGGAUAUCUGGAACACCUGGUGUAUGACAUCAAGAAACUGGUCUGGGCAUGA